GUGGUUAAGUUGCAAAUAAGCAAAAGUUAAGUGUAAUUUAAUAUAAUUAAUUAUUUCAGUACACUUUUCUUUAUCUUUAGAAUAGGCUGUAAAUUUAAUUCAAUUUUAAUUUAAAAUGAAACUAACAUUUGCUGCGCUGCUAACUUUACUCAUAAUAUUAAUUAAUUCACAAAAUUCGAAGGCGGAAAUAGAUAAUAUAAAUGACAUAGAUGAUUAUGUAGAUUAUCUUAUAAAACAUAAAAAACCCGAUGACAAUGUUAUCGUUGGGAAUAAUAUUCAUGACCGUGUUUUGAUUAAUGGAAAGGAAAUUUCUAAUGGCCAGAAUAAUAAAGAUCAUUCUGCUGGAACUAAAUAUGAUGGAAAAGAAUCUCAUAAAACUGAAGAAUUAAGCCUAUGGCAAAGAUUCAAAAACUGGUUAAGCGAAAUUUUUAAAUUCUAAUUUGAAACAAUAAAAAUUUUGUAGUAU